GUUCAGCUUCUUCCGUCCGCGCGCUCCAGCACACGCUCAUUCUCAGACAAGCGCAGGCACAUGAAAGAUGGCAGAGCAAACACAUACCGGUCAUUCCCCAGGUUUAGAGGAGAUACCUCAUUCUCAUUCCUCGGGGCUAGGCACCGCUAGAGAGCACGGGCUGAAUCUGCAAAAGAGACAAGCGCGCGUUACGGUAAAAUACAACCGUAAGGAGCUUCAGAAAAGGCUGGAUGUAGAGAAAUGGAUCGACGAGGCGCUUGACAAGCUGUUCGAGGGAAAGGACAUGCCAGAGGAGGUGAACAUAGAUGAUUUGUUGGAUCUCCCGAAUGAUGAAGAGCGAGCACAAAAACUACAGGUGAUUCUGCAAACCUGCACCAGCUGCACUAAGGCAUUCAUUGCAGAGCUGUUGCAGAAGCUGCAUGGUCUCCACAAACAGGAAGAGUUGCAGAAUGAGGGAAUUGAGCAUCCCUGUCUCCAUGGUUACCCUCAUCAUCAUAGCAACAUCCAUCAUCACAGAGACCACCAUCAACAUCGAACACAUCAGACUCUGUGAUUGUAUUCCAGUGCUGUGGUUUGGAAUAUUGUGGCCACUGGACAGCUCCCUAAUACACAGACUCUGGAAACACGUACAGCAAACGCAACUAGUUUAGAAAGUCUGUAACUGUGAGGUGUUUGUUUACAAACUCAUAUUAGUGGUACAUACAUUAACAGUGUUUAUUUGUGAAAUUAUUAUCAUCAAUGUUUGUUAGUAAAUAGGCUAUAUGCUUGUAUAGGGAAGUUGUCUUAACAUGAACAUGGUUGCAACACUCUUGGGUGCUUACUGAAGUUUGAUUAAUUGAAAACUUACAAACUGCUAUUCUCACUAUUUAAAGUUAAUCUGGUCAUAUUGGUUUUUAUUGAGUCUUCAUUCUGUGCAACUUCACAAUAAUUUAUUAAGACACAAUAAAAGGCA